GGGGCUGCGCCCUUGUGUGUCUGCUAUGAGAAACCUGGGGUGCCUGCCGUCAGCCCCUGAUCCUCUGAGUGAUGAGGAAAGCGCCCAGUGUGGAGCUUCUCUUGGGCUCCUCCCGGGGCUCUCCGGGCUGGCCUGGCCUCUCCGCUCUUCUUGUCACCAAACUGGAGUUGUGAUCCACCAACUGCACCACCAGGCUGCACUCUGAGCCGCACCCCGCCGCACCUGCAGUCUUCAGUACGUCUUCAUCGUGCAGAAAAGCUACCAGGAUAGCGAAACCGGUCCGGAGAGCUCCAUCAUCACCAAAGUCAAGGGGAUCACCAUGUCGGAACACAAAGUGUGGGACGUGGAGGAAUACGUAAAGCCCCCGGAGGUGCGGCGCUUCCUGCCCCAGGCCCGAUGCUCCUCCGCGGUGUGACCCGUCUGAGUGAGCUGACAGGCCCACCGCGCCUUUAUUUCUGCACCCAGGGGGGCAGUGUAGUCAGCAUCAUCACCAGGAUCGAGGUUACUCCUUCCCAGACCCUGGGAACAUGCCCAGAGAGCAUGAGGGUUCACAGCUCUACCUGCCAUUUAGAUGACGACUGUGUGGCCGGACAGCUGGACAUGCAGGGCAAUGGGAUUCGGACAGGACGCUGUGUACCCUAUUACCAUGGGGACUCCAAGACCUGCGAGGUGUCAGCCUGGUGCCCGGUGGAGGAUGGGACUUCUGAAAACCAUUUUCUGGGUAAAAUGGCCCCAAAUUUCACCAUCCUCAUCAAGAACAGCAUCCACUAUCCCAAGUUCAAGUUCUCCAAGGGCAACAUUGCAAGCCAGAAGAGUGACUACCUGAAGCACUGCACGUUUGAUCAGGACUCUGAUCCAUACUGUCCCAUCUUCAGGCUGGGCUUCAUUGUAGAGCAAGCAGGAGAGAACUUCACAGAACUGGCACACAAGGGCGGUGUCAUUGGGGUCAUCAUCAACUGGAACUGUGACCUGGACUUGUCUGAAUCAGAGUGCAACCCCAAAUAUUCUUUCCGGAGGCUCGACCCCAAGUAUGACCCUGCCUCUUCAGGCUACAACUUCAGGUUUGCCAAAUAUUACAAGAUAAACGGCACCACCACCACUCGAACUCUCAUCAAAGCCUAUGGGAUUCGAAUUGACGUUAUUGUGCAUGGACAGGCAGGGAAAUUCAGUCUCAUUCCCACCAUCAUCAAUCUGGCCACUGCUCUGACCUCCAUCGGGGUGGGCUCCUUUCUGUGUGACUGGAUUUUGUUAACGUUCAUGAACAAAAACAAGCUCUACAGCCAUAAGAAGUUCGACAAGGUGCGUACCCCAAGGCACCCCUCAAGUAGAUGGCCUGUGACCCUUGCCCUUGUCUUGGGCCAGAUCCCUCCCCCACCUAGUCACUACUCCCAGGACCAGCCACCCAGCCUUCCAUCAGGUGAAGGACCAGCUUUGGGAGAAGGGGCAGAGCUACCACUGGCUGUCCAGCCUCCUCGGUCUUGCUCCAGCUCUGCUCUGACUGAGCAGGUGGUGGACACUCUUGACCAGCAUAUGGGACAAAGGCCUCCUGUCCCUGAGCCUUCCCAACAGGACUCCACAUCCACGGACCCCAAAGGUUUGGCCCAACUUUGAUCUCAUCCUCACUAAGCUACAGACCUGGAUCUGGGAGGGCAGAGACAGCUUCUGCUGCUAGGCAGCCCUAGGGAAGAUCUGCGCUCUUCAGUAACCAUGUCCACGUGACUGGGAAACAGACACCUGUGCAAGAAGAUAGGCAUCUUGCUCUGGGCCAGGCUUACAUUCUUCCUCUCCCUAAGGCUUCUGGGGAGAAGUGGGUCCCUGCCAUUUCCUUUCCCAACAGAACUCCUCAUAGGAUCCCCUGUCCUUUCCCUGCCCACCUUUUGUACUCUCACACAGCACUCUGGGACCCCAAAUUAGAGCUGUCUUCCGGUUGUAUUUUAAGCCCCCCUUUAGAAGUCACACAGCGUGCUGAGUCCAAUAAACCAGUGAUGAGCU